GAGAGAGAGGUGCGAUCGGAAGAGGCGAAGACUAAGAACGAUAAAGAUGGCGGAGUCGACGGCGUGGCUUCUGAUGAUACUCUUCAUUUUGACAUUCACAGUUGUCUCAAGCAUCGAUGACAAAUGCGCUGCUUGUAAUGCCGUUGCGGAGGAGAUAGAGAAUGGGCUUUCCAAUGAAAAACCGAGGAAUCAUUUGGAUAUGAGACACAGAUUGGAUUCUAAAGGUCAACGUAAAGGAAAAGUAAUUGAUUACAGAGUCAGUGAGCUUAGGGUCGUUGAGUUACUAGAUGGGCUUUGUGAUAAAAUGCAAGAUUACACUCUUCAGAAGGUGGAUUCGAAAAGAUAUGAAUGGGUUAGAGUGGAUAACUGGGACAAUCUUGCAAUUAACAAGCAAGAAGCCAAGGCAUAUUCAAAAGAUAUAUCAUCUUAUUGUGGAAGGUUAUUGGAGGACACUGAAGAUGAGUUGGCAGAACGGAUAAAGAAAGGAUCUGUAAAAGUAGGGGGUGUGAGCAAGAUCUUAUGCCAGGAUUUGAGCAAGCACUGUAAUAUGUCCAGUGACUCCCAUCAGGCGGACGCUGAUGAUGAUGAACCAGAUGGAGAACUCUGAGUAACUCCUAUGAUUUUGAAUCGAUCACUCGUGGGAAAGUUUUUCCAAACUUGACAGCCUUGUUUACAAUGUUGAAUUGUGCCCGGGAUUACAACCCCACAAUUUUUCUCCAACAAAUAGGCAGGCCUUGUAUCAGUGUUUUGGACCUAAACAUAGCAAUAACAAUCGUGAAAGAGGACAGACACAUUGAUUUCGAUUUCUAUUUCUUUGUCAAAUAUAUGACUUGUUAACUUCA